AUGUUACAACUGUCUCUUCUUCUUCAGAUGCAAUUCAUCAUCAAGCCAGAAAAAGGAAAUCACACAGAUCCUGCCAAGUUUAUCCUCCUGGACUUUAAUACUGAAGAUCUACAAAUUUUACAUUUCAUGUUGUUUCUAGCUAUCUAUAUUGCAACUAUGGCAGGGAACAUCCUCAUUGUUAUUUUGGUGGUCGUUGAUAAGCACCUUCACACCCCCAUGUAUUUCUUUCUGGGCAAUCUGUCCUGCCUAGAAACCUGCUACAGCUCAAACAUCGUGCCAAGGAUGCUGAUCAGUUUUCUGACUGGAGAAAAAUCAAUUUCUGUUUAUGGAUGUUUUGCACAACUUUAUUUCUUUGGGCUUCUUGCUGGUACAGAAUGUUACUUCCUAGCAGUAAUGUCUUAUGACCGUUAUUUAGCAAUAUGCAAACCAUUGCAUUAUGCAAUGCUAAUGAAUGGCAGAAUUUGUGUCCAGCUAAUUGCUCUAUCAUGGAUAAGUGGUUCACUGGGGAUCAGUGCCAUCAUAUACUUAGUGUCCAAAUUGAGUUUCUGUGGACCCAACAAAAUUAAUCAUUUCUUCUGUGAUUUUAUGCCAGUGAUAGGCCUCUCCUGCAAUGAUACCCAUAUGGUUGAAAUGACAGCCUUCAUAGUCUCCUCCUUAGCCACUCUGCCUCCACUUGUAAUAACUCUGACCUCUUACAUUUUCAUCAUCAAAAGCAUUUUAAGAAUCCCAUCCACCACUGGGAAACAAAAGGCAUUCUCUACUUGUUCAUCACACCUCAUUGUGGUUUCUUGCUUCUAUGGCUCCUUGAUGAUUGUUUAUGUCCUCCCAGACAUGAGUUCUUUGAGUGAACUGAAGAAACUGUUCUCUCUGUUCUAUACUCUGCUCACUCCCCUGGUCAAUCCCCUCAUAUACAGCUUGAGAAACAAAGAAGUAAAGGAAGCAAUAAAGAAAACCUUUAAGAUGCUUUGUAGAAUUUAUUAA